CGCGCGCCCGCGGGAGGGGCCGGUAGAAAAUGGCGAGUCUGUGCAGAAGGCAGCAAUGUACGAUCGAGAGGCGCGGCUUUCGGCAGGAGCUUGACUCGUGGCGGCACAAACUCAUUCACUGUGUAGGUUUUGAAAGCAUUUUGGAGGGGCUGUUUGGACCAGGACUCGUAAAAGAUCUUACCCUCUUUCAAGAUUGUGAGCCGGAGGGUGUGUCAGAUUGGUCGUUUAAUGAAAAUUGUCUCUUUUGCUGCUUAAGACGUGAAAAAGUGAAGGAAAAUCUGGUUGGUUUGAACAACCAAGUGUUAUCAGAAGCAGACAGCUUCAAACAAGAGCAGUCCAACAUUAACAAACUUGAGAAGCAAGCAGAGGAUUUCCUCAAUGUUGUCUUCUAUAGAAAGGCAGACCUCCCGCGAUUUACAGACCCCCACAUUCCUCUAGUGGCUCGUGAGAUCAUGCAGCGAAUGAUCCGACAGUUCGCUGCCGAAUAUACCUCAAAAACCAGCUCAACUCAGGACGUACCCCAACCCCAGUCCCAGCCCAACGGCACCAAGGACCAAAGCCUGCCGAAAGCGCCCUCGCUGGAGCCGGACGCCUCCACACCCGGUACCGGCGCCGCUGCCUCCGCACAGAAUCCCGUCCUCAGCAAGCUUCUCAUGGCAGACCAGGACUCCCCACUGGACCUCACCAUCAAGAAACCAGAGACAGAACCCAGCGAACAAGAUGGAGUCCUUGACCUCUCAACUAAGAAGAACCACAGUCAUGGUAGUGUCUCACUGAAAAGCUCUCAUGGUUUCUCAAUCAUGCCCACAGUUAAGGGGCGUUCCCAGAGAGCUGAUCACAACUAUCGAGAUGUUGAUGAUGACGAUGGCUUGCCACCAAGAAGCUUGCAUGAUGGGAUAAGGGAGAACUGUAUUGGUUCUGGACCCCUCAAGCCACCCUUGGCCCGCUCACUCCUCAUAAAAGAGGAACUCCUGAGCCAGAAACAUCGCCUCCUUGGCCAACCUCUUUCUUUGGCUAGCCUAGAGUCCGCGGGUCUCCUUAACAGCCAAGCCCAGUCCCUUCUUUCCCGCGAUGGGACAUGGGGGAAAUCCCAUCUAGACAGCCUCCUGAAGCUCAAACAAGUUAGCGGCGACCUAAAUGACCUGCCUCUUUUCCAGGAGAACCAAGGCGUGUUCACAAAGGGUACAAAGUCCCACGACACCGGUUCCAUCACGGUAAAGAAAGAACCUGGACAUUCCCCUCCAGUGGACUUGAAGAUCCCACAAGUCAGAGGCAUGGAUCUGUCUUGGGACUCCCAUGGGAACGCCUCGGAUCUCUACGGUUACAGCUCUAUAGCUUUGGGCAAUGUGCACUCGGAGAACGCGCUCAGUAGGAAGCUGAGGGCCAUCUUGCCAAAGCAGAGUCGCAGAGCUGCUCUCGGAGGCCUUCUCGAUGGGGGAGCUGUGGGCGAGUACUGGGGUGCAGACCUCGAACAGCCAACUUUGGGACCUCAGUACCCGACAUCAGAUCCGGAGGCAGACCCGACCGGCUCCAAGCAACCCCGAAAGAAAAGGGGACGGUAUCGUCAGUACAACAGCGAGAUUCUAGAAGAAGCCAUUGCUGUGGUGAUGAAUGGGAAGAUGAGCGUUUCGAAGGCGCAGAACAUCUACGGUAUUCCCCACAGUACCUUGGAGUACAAGGUGAAAGAGAGGAUGGGCACCCUGAAGAACCCACCAAAGAAAAAGCUUAAACUGAUGAUGAGGGCAGAGGGGCAGGACUCUGGGAUCACCGCCGAAACCGAAUCCACGUCAACGCCCGCCACCACACCCAUCGCAACGCAAGUGGAUGUCUUGCAGGGGACAGGAGACAAAGUCGAGUAGAUUACACAGAACACCUCAUAAAACGGAAAACGUUUUAGAUUCUGACAGACACAAAAAAAAGAAAACUAAAAUGAUUUGGAAUUGAGGAUGGGGCUUUAAUUGUGCCAAUUUAUACUUGCAGAAUCUGGGUGAGCACAACUGCAGGGAUUCAUGGGAGGAUUUAAGCCUGAUAACUGGGGAUAAGAAACAAAUUGGCAGUUAUCACAGUGGUCGCAUUGACACUGCAAGCAUUUGCUGAAGUUUUUUACAACAUAAAGCAACAAAUGCGUACUAAAGCCAUAAGAGAGUAUCGACAGAGAGACAUUUUAUUUAAAAAAAAAAAAGCAAGCAGAUUAACCCUUUGUUUGCCCCCUUCAUCUGAACUUUGCGCGCUGCGCCAUUAGUGCUCAUGCGUUUUGGACGGCAUGCCAUUUUGAGAAACGAGAAGCGGGGUUUCAAGGGUUACGUGCAAGGCUGGAAAUUGACGCUUCAAAAAUGAAUUUAUCUCCUCUGAUUGGUAGGUUUAUGAAUGAUCUUUAAAACUAAUUUAUUUCAAAUGGAAUUCUCACCAGGGAUCAAUCCUAGGCCCGUUUUUCUAUUAACAGGUAAAACAAUUGCUUUCAACUCUUUGUAGUUUCCUCCUUUUAUAUUCUGCACCAUUGAAACAGACUAAGAAUUAGACGUCCAUUUAAAAAAAAAUGAAGCUUAAGAUUAGUCAUUCAGGGAUGCAUGUUUGUGAUGUUGAAAAGAUUUUUUUUUUUUUUUACUUUACUGUAACUAAACUUUUCUUUAACUCUAGCGCUUUCUUUUGCACUACACUUUCAGUCUGGCGCUCGCCAGAGCCUAAAUCUGGCAAUUAGACCUGAUUACCUCGACACUGCUUGCAUUACGCACUUACUGUUCUGUCUGGCAUACCACAUAAUGCUCAUUUUACAGUACUCUACUCUUGGCGAGAGCCUCUCUCUUAAAAGGAUUUCGAUGCCCAUGAAAGGACAAUGCCGACUUAAGCCACACAGGACAGGAACGUGUUUCCGAUUCACAUCUUUCUAAUAAAAUUAAUCGAGGGAGGGUGCACGCAGUCAACUUUUGGUUGAUUCUGGCUGCUCCCUCGUCGCUGCUUAUAGUCAGUCGCUGACGUGUAUAUUUAUAAAAAGAAGAGCAUUUUUCGCAGAGGGUUGGUUUUGGGGAACAUAGGUAGGGGGAAAUGUAGGUAGGGUUAUGACCAUAUAACCCUGUUAUAUUAUAAAUUAGCAUUUUUUCAGAGAGCCAAUUCUUAUCUCUGAAUAGUUUCAUUUCCUCAUGUAAAACUCAGGGCAACUGAGACAAAUAUAGCGAUCGUGUUUUUAGAGAAACAAUGCAUCUUACCUACUUGAACUGGAACCUGUGACACAAUUCUCAGUCAAUGAAUUGGGUCAGGGGCAGGGCUUUAUACCGGGCGUAGGUUGGGUCGAGCUGAGCCAUGGAUUGCAGAUAUUGGUAGGAUGUUAUCAUUUGAAACGCCUGGCCAGUUGGGACUUUUCUGAGAUCUCUCUGAAAAUAGCACUUUGUUUAAAAAUAAAAGCGAAUAUGUUUGGGUGUGUUUUAACGUAGCUUUUGCAGUAGCAGAUAGCAUAAAGGAGACUUGCAAGAUCAAAAGGGGAGUAUUUCAACGACCCUUGGCAUCCUGCAGCUUAGACCCAAACAUGCUCAUUUUGUUUUGAAAAAAAAUUACCUCUUCAAUAUACAGUGGUCGACAGCUUGAAUUCUCAGAUUUGUCUAGUGUUGCCUCACUGUUUAUUGUCACAUCGCCCCUUUUUCAAAUCUAAACUGUGUCGUCUGAUGUAUAUAAAACCGAGAAAGCGCAUAGAUCUGUGAAGAUUUCAAAGAGAAGGCUUUUGGAAUGGCAUGCUCCACUUUGAUGUUGUUUUGAAGGGCAUUCUGGUAUAUAUCACUGCCUGGUGCUCACCCAGUCUGUGACAAAAAUGAUACUUCAAACUUCAGGGUUUCUGAUGAUGAAACUGACUCUUUGAAAUGUACCUUUUAUUUAUUUCAUUAUUUAAUUUGAAUCAUUUAAGUAAAUGGCAUGCACCAGUUCAGUGGAGGCUGAUUAACUAUUUAUAAUCUGACACUUGGUGGCAAGGUUGUCAUCAAAGUGGACAACCGGGAACACUGUCCUGGGCUCACCCUUUUGUUAAUUUUGUACUAAACCUAGUGAAUUUCCCACAUUAUAUUAGGCUUGUAUAAAUUGUAUAUAUUUCCUACAAUGCUAUACUUGUAAGUAUGGUAGUCAUUUUAAUUAUUAUCUCACUGAGCAAAAAUGAUUUUAGUGUUGUUAGCUUUUUUUAAUGAAGUUGCAUUGCAGUUAUAGCCAUGUCUGGAGACACUACUGAAAUUAGUAGAGAGCUGACUAUUUUUAAUCAAUGCAACAUACAAUAGUAAACCAUUGAUGUGACAUAUUUGGUUUAGUUUAUAAAUUAUGAUCACAUGCUAAUGUACUUCUACAUGAAACAAAUUGAAGGAAAGAAUUUUAUGUAUAAAGAAUUAGAACCAUAUUCAUACUUAUAAGCUGUACUGUGUGAAUCCCGUUAGGUCAUCUGGCAUCAAAUGCACCAACACUUUACAAAUGCUGAGCGUUUGAAGUGUCUAAUUAGAAAUUAGUUAGGUCCUUAAUCAAUCAAUCAAUUAGAUUUAUUUAUUAAUGAAUGUGAUGUAAAAUACUACUCAGCUGUGCUUGACUCUUGCCAUUUAAACAUUAUUAUUAAACAUUAAUAUGAUUAUUUUUGUCUUGUUUUCCAGUAAAAAUACCUAAAGAUCUAAAGAUUUCUUGGUUUCUUAGAAUAUUUGAAACCCUUGAAUUACAUUUUUCUUACCCUUAUUUGGAAAAUAUAUUUUUCUUGUUUUAAGUAUAAAUUUAGUUGGAUUCUCCAAUAAUAUUAACUAAAAUUUUUACUGGAAAACAAGAUAAAAAUAUUAGUUUGAAGUGCAACUAAUAGCAAAUUAGUAGUAGAUCAGUAGCUACAACUAGAUUGGUAGUACUACUAGUACAAACAGAUUCUAUUAUAAUUGAAUAUUUGCCCCUAUAAUUGGCACUUAGAAAUUAUUGCACUGAUGGCUAUGACUGGAAGAUGUUUUGCAGCACUUAAAUCUAAAAGUUUCAAACGAUCAGCUCUCUAUGGCUAGUCUAGAAAGUUUUGAACUUUCACAUUGCUACUGUACAUUCUGCUACCUUUAUUUAUCAUCAGCUGUCUGAUUCACUACGGUGCAUGCCAUUUCGACAUAUUUAUUUAAUUUGACUUUAAUGAUUAAUGUAUUACAGGGUUAACGGCUCCCCCUGUCCAAAAACAUCCUCCUCUUGAAGAAAUUAUACCGUCUUUACUCAAAUGAAUGUAAAACCAUUUACGAAUAAUUUCUUAAACUAGUUGUUUAGAAAAUAUGGCACUUUCACAUUUCAUACUUUGAACAGACUGUUUUAGUUUUUCUCUUGCUGCUCGUUUCAUUUUUUUUUUUUUUUUUUUUGCGUUUCUCUGAAACGUACACCUGUAGCCUUCAGUACUUUCGUAUCUCAGGAUAGAUUCAGCAGAAGGGUUCGCAAUAUUUGUCAGUCGGAUAACGAUGCAGACAUAACUACCUGUACAAGACGUGCAUAGACAGCCUUUGCACAAUAUACCUCAUCCUCGGGAAUAAACGCACCUUUCUGUGCCACAUCCUUAAAUACCAUUCAGGGGCACGUGGAAAAGGAGCAGUUGAAACUCUGGGAAAUUAAUUUUAUUUUCCUAUUUCACCCUCUUUUUUGUCUUCUAUGAGAGGGAUGGCAAGCGAGGCAUUUCAUGUGUCUGACUGACCAAUAUUUACGCCCUUUUCAUUCAGGUACAGAAAAUCGAACUUUUUGAAUACAAUCAAAAAUUUCGCUUAACAUUCGCAUCUUGCCAAUAACGGGUCCCAUCCUUUUAGUUAAGUUGAUCGUCAAGGCAAAUAUCAAAGGAUACUGUAGGUAAGACACUAUACCUUUUUCCUGUACUCUGAAAUGCGAUUUAACCGUAAUGGGUGUUUUCGUGAAAAACACAAAUGGAGGUUUGAAGGGGAGAAUAUGGGACAGGUGGAAAUGUUAACCUUCUGUUGUUUUUGUGCUCUCUGUAAACUUGUUUUUAAACUGCAUUCCAAAAAUUUCAAGAGAUACCUUUAUAUGGAAGAAAAAAUCUAUACAUAUACAAAUGAAUAUAUAUUAUAUUUAUUUUACUGUUUAUCUUUUUAUUUGUCUUUUUUCUGGUUGAAAUUGAAAUGCUACACUAAGAAAUGAUGGAAAACGACGCUGACAGCUACAACCUCAGUUUCUGUACCAUAUGAAGUGCCAUUUGUUUUGUCUCAAGUGGCUCAUAAUGAUUUCUUCUCUGAAAAGAUGCUCAGAUAGCCUUUUUUUUUUUUUUUGACCUCCACUGCAUAUCCACAUAACAGCAUUACCUCAGGUGAGAUCUCUCCAGAGCAGCCGAUUCUACAAUUAGUUGUGGAAAUCAGGACCUGUACUUGACUUUUACACGUUUCCAAAAAAAACGCAACUAUUACUUUUCAAGGAAGCAGUUUAUAAAUAACGCUAGUCGCAUUUUUGUUUUCCUCCGGUGCAUUUUAAAAUAUUAAUGCUUUGCUUAACUGAACCACGGGUCUCUUUGAAUGCAACUUUAUUGACGUUAGCACACAAAAGUUCAGAUCAAUAGGGUACACAUUUGUAUGCCACAAUUAAUACACACUCCAUACACUCACACGCACACAAAACACCAUCAGGUCUACAUCAUGUGGAUGGUUAUACAGUUUUAGGCUACUGGUUUGAUAACUCUUAAAGUGUAGCCUAACUAGUCGGUUAUGACAUGAGAAAGAAACAGAAAAGGCAUAUAUGGAAACAGGCACUCCAAGUUAUAUGUUUUUAUUAUUAUUAUUACAUCUGAUUAAAUGUCUCUUUUCAACUGCCAUUUAAAUAUAUAUUAGAGACAUGUUUUGUUUUUUUUUGAGAGAGAGAGAGAGAUUCAAAUCAUUUUAUUUAUUUAUAUAUUUAUUUUUCAAACCACAAGCCCCAAAUUAUCUUGUCAUUUUGCAGUUCUUUCAAGUUCUUUCAUAACUUUUUUCCUCAUUGUUUUUGGUGAGAUAAAAAUGAAUAGGCACACCUUUAUUCAACAGAAAACAUCUUCAAAAUUGGGAGAAACAAAUUGUCGGCAAACAUUGUAGUCUAACUCAAUUAUAGAUAUCCAUCGUUCUGUCAAUCUAUGCACUUGAGAAGAUAAAGUUACUUGCACCAUAACUGUUUUCCGUGUUUGUGAAAAUAUUAUGUAGUUCUAGGGGCCAUAAUUUUCAUUUGAUGGCAUAAUAUUAAGUAGAAUGAUUUAUUAGGUUUAGAUUUCCAUUAUUUGCAGCAGUAUAGCUUAAAAUAGCUGUUGUCAUGGUACAACUUGCAGCACACGCCAUAGUAAAAGACAUGUUUUGAAUGUAACCGUCUAGAGAAACAUGUCUCAGAGAAAACUGAUGGAAUAUGCACAGACAGUUUUGCUCAGAAUAGAUCAACUCAGAAAUUUGCGUUCACCAUGAUACUGUAUACUUUAUGCAUUUCGUUGGAAUUUUGGUGUCAUCCAGAGUGCCUGUUUUGCAGUGUUCAAUCGUCACCGAUAGUUCGAUAAUUGCAUUCAAUCAUCAUUACAUGAUUAAGUGUUGUUAAUGAUACCUACAGAUAAUUGGUAACAACAAUCGUAAAUCGUUAACCAAGGCAACUUACAAUCUAUAUGUUAUUUUUCUUAAAUUAAAUUGAAUCAUUGUCGUCUAGAUUGCUUUAAUGCAAUUAAAUAAAAAUAAAUACAGGUGAAGUGUGUAAUUUUGGGGCCACAAGUGGAAUUGCAAAACACUAUUGUAUUUGUUGUUGUUUUUAAACCCGUUCCAAACAGAUAACCACACCCCCAAAAACACUCUAGCCAACUAUGGUCAAAAUUCCGUUGAACUCAGUUGGUAAUGAUAGAACUUGCGACCAUAGUUGCUUUCAUAGUUGUCAGGAUGCUCAAACAAAUAGGGGUGUGCUUCCCAUACAAUGAUGUAACUUGCUGCUUAACCACUAUAGUAUAUUGCAUCGUUGUAGAAACUAACUAGCUAGUCACAACUGUUUCCCGAACAUGGUCUCAUCUCCGUCGUUUGAAUCAUGUUGGUUCAACAAUCACGUGCAGGUGGCAGAGUAAUAACUUCUACUAAUUGAUCGCUUCGAGAUCUCCGAGAUAUUGCUGUGACGAACAUUGCACCUGAUAACUACUUCGCCGUUUAUCGUUCCUUGCCAUUUUGGUUUAUUUGAUGUUUGAUUUACUGCGGUUCCCUCUUACAUCAUACUUCUGAGUAGAACUGAGUUCCUUCACACAUUUAUGCACAUGCACACUCUUCAAAAAUGGCGUUUAUUGAGGACACACUAAAAUAUAUAAAUUUAAAUGAAUAUAUCCACCGUUUUCCUGAGUAACCGAUGAGCGCUGCCAUGAUGGAUUUUAACUCUCCUGUUCCAUAGAAAUCCAUGUUAAAAUUGGGUAAAAAGAUCGACUGAAAUAAUUUAAUUGAAACUUUUUAAAUAUAACUAAAUAUAAAAUUUUGCACAGGGUUAAGCUGUGCAUCAAUUUGACUAGAAACACCAGAGACUGAAAAUGUAAAGCAUUUUUUCUGUUACGAAGCAAAUGAGACUUCCGUGCAGGAAAAAGGUGGAUAUUUAUAUUGAAUGGUCAAUAUAGCUAGUACAGCAUCUAACCACAGAUCGAGAGCUGUAGUUCCAACCAUGUAAGUUUGCGAUGCUGUUUGCAAAUGUUCGUUUAAACUAUGAUUUCGGGAAACACCAAAUUGUUGAAAUCUGUCGGGAAACGCAGCACUGAUCAACGUUUUUAAAAUGUGCCAGUGUUUACGCUUUUCAGGGGAAUCAACCAACAAGUUAUUUUCUAGUCUACAUAAAACAGGGACAACAAAGAAUUUUAAAGUCAAUAAAAUUGCACACUUCAUCAUUAAAAUGCAAUGUUCAUGCAAAGGCUUCAGUGAAACUGUGAAUUAUAUGGAACAGAGCCAUGAAAAUUCAACAACAGACCGCUGCCUCUACUGUCUAUAGAAUGAAACAUUAAUAUGGAUGGCAAUGAUGACUUAGUCUUUCUUGAGGGGCUCAAUGCUAGGCUCAGUGAGAGGUCAAAUAGAGCAGUGAAAACGCAAAUGAAAGCGUAAAGGAGAAAAUGAGAUUAUAUAAAUGGCCAACGUUCUUCUAGAGAACUUGAGAGCUUUUGGCCAUGAAAGGGCUGCCCUUGUGUUGCCAUGACAAUCUUGCAAGAUCAUUCACAAGUAAAGGUGUGCCUAUUCUAAUUAGUCUUUCAUUUAAGCAAAACCUACAUUCUUUUUCUGUUAUUUUAUUUUAUACCAAGAUUGUGCAUUUUUAGUAUUUUACAUGCGAUUUCUACCAUUGAAAUGUAGGCAUAGUUUUGUGUUAAUUUGUUUUUCUUUCUAAUUUUCCGAGACACAAAUGGAGAGAAUUUUAGAUGUGUUACGAUGUUUCCUUCUUUCUGCAAUUUGUCCUUCUACUAUGUUGGCGUUGCAUGGAAUUCCAUGCCUGAAUCUGCUCUUGACCAUUAACUUCAUCCAUGACUGUUUUAACCCUGCAGUCCAUUGAGUUCUGCAGGAUUAGGAUUAUUAGUUUUGCUACCUCAACUUGCAGAUGGUUUUGACAUAGGAGCCCUUUGGUAGUAAAGCAAAAAUGACUUGUAUCUUGAGGGACUGACUGUCCCUACAGGCUUUUGUCGAUCAGGUUGUAUAAACGUCUUGGCGGUUUGAUCGGCUUACUUGCUGUAUUGUAUGUAGCAUUUCAGAUGCACGGAUAACACUGGCUCGUCAUUCCCAAAGUCACGGUCCCGUUCUGUCGGAAAGCAGUUACACAUUCCGCAUGCACAUAUGUGUAUCUAAUAAAACAUGUUUUUGAUAGAAGUAAUGAUUUUUUUGGACCAAAAGGUCCCAAGUUAUGCAUCUCGACUGCUUCUAAGACCAGUGUUUGGGAAGAAUCAGGUUGACCGAUCACCUCUAAAGUUGGAAACGCGUCGUUGUGUGCGUUUCCUCAAGAAUCUAGUAUAGUCACGCCAUACCAUAUGAGUUUGUGCCCUUGAAAAUCAAGCCAAAUGCAGUCUGUGGGCAGUAUCUUUGUUUGCGAGAAAUGCGAUUGGUCGCAUUUGUAUUCAUUUGCAUAUGUCAAAGGCGCGCAUCUUAUCCUUGAUGGAAUGCUGCGCUUACACUUUUUGUGGGUUUUUCCAUGUAUGGAGUCGAAGCUUUAUGGAGCAAACAUGCCUUUUGCUAACUGUUCGGCUGUGUUCAUAUUUCCAAGUACUUUCUAAAGUUUCGUAAGAAUUCUCAGAGUAGAGUCUUAACGUUGUAAAGGUUCAGCGUUCAGUGUAGUAUGAUGAUCGGAUCCCUUCUCCCAUACCCCCUCAGGUUAAUGCAUGAGAGUGGAAUGAUUAGGCUCGGCUAAAGAUUGAUACCUUUUCUAUAUUUCUUAAUACUAUUGAUAUUGUGAUUACUUUUAUCAAAAACGCUUGCCUUUAGGUUCCAUUUUUUACUGCUCAUAAUCCAGAAUCCUACCAGUAAACUGGGUUGAAAAAUGUUUUUGGUGAUUUUAUUUUGCAGUAUUAAACUAUAAGUGGGAAAAUGAGUCUAGCAAGGCAAUACUCGUGAUUUAAGUCGCCUUGACUUGAGAAAGGUGAGUUUGUUGUCGCAGGCCCAAGAAAGCAGGUCGCCCAACAGCCAGACAACUCAACUCGACGUCCUUAUCAGACCGCCUUUUGCAUUUAAAAAGAUUCAGCCAAAUAUCCUUAGUUCAGUGCUUUAUAAACGGCGAGGAUUGUAAAGUACAAAUUACCUGGGGAAACAAAAAAAAAUGGACGCUCUAACUUUAGACUUUUCAUUUGGUCCCUCGAGACCUACAAGGCCACAAAGACUAUUUAUUUUGUUUCUGAUGUCUGUACAAUGUGUGAUGUUUCAAGUUAAAGAAAAAAACCUUACAACACAGAAUACCUCAGAUAAUAAAUCCAUGUAAAUCUUGACAGCCUCCACGUGUAGAUAGAACCUUGUUCACUGCCUCUCCAUCUCUCACGUCUCUUCUUCUAUCAUUUCACUGCCCGUUAUAUGUUGUGGAGGUUUCAUUACUUUCCUUUCAUGUUUGUUUUUUAGUCCCAGUAAACAAGGAACCAUUAUUUCAUUCACCUGUGUGCUUGACAAGGUUAAGCGGCGUUCACACUGACAGCACUUUGCAAGUCACUCGAUUCCAAUGAGAGUUGGCGAUUUGAGGCGACUUGAGCAUUAGACUGUUGAUGAUGUGACAAAAGUUGAGCUAAUCGACUUUAUGCAAAUGUGUAGUGAUGAGGAGACAACCAAUGGGAGCCUAGACUGUGAUUCGUCACCUGAUUCAUUUGGAUACUGUGGUUGAGUAGGAACAUA